AUGGCCAUCGUGAGUAUAAAUGACAGUCUGCCACGUUGGAAGUAUUUUUACGCUGAUCAUUGGAAGUUUUGUUCCGAAAUUCACAGCAGUAUGAUUAUCGCCGGAAUCCUUUUGUCCGUGUUCGCAAGCUUUGUUAUAGCAGAUCCAAGAUGUUCCGUUACUCCAGAUUUGGAACCAUGUUCCGCCAAUGGUAAUGGUUUGAAGUAUUAUUUCAAUGCUACACGUGGUGCAUGCACUAGGGCUUCCCAGUGGCCGACAAAGAUGUGUGUAGCUUCAGGACAAGGCGGCUUUGGGGACCACAUGUCUUGUGUACAUGCAUGCGAAUGUACGCAGCCACCAAAUGAGAAUCGGUGUGCUGACGGCCAAACACCUAAUCGGCUCCAGGUUGAAAGAUGGUUCUUCAAUCCGAACUCCGGACUAUGUGAGGCGUACACCAACUACGGCUGUUCUGAUGUGAACAGCAUCCUUGGGAAAAACAAAUUUGUUCACGAGAGCGCGUGCAAACAGAAGUGUAUUUGCACAAAACCUCUUGACACCGGUAGAGGAAACCAACAUGUUACAUCCUUUGCCUUUAACGUACAAAACAAACGCUGCGAGGAGUUCAGUUACAAGGGUGAGGGAGGAAAUGCCAACAGAUUUGCCACCAGUGAAGACUGCAUGGACAAGUGUCUUUGUGGACUGGAAGCGCAGAAUGGAGAUGGGAUGAUGUCGUGUCUGGCAUACAUUGAAUCCUACGUUUACUACAAAAAUGAAAACCUCUGUAAAAUGUUCAUAUAUGGGGGUUGUGGUGGUAAUUCCAAUCGCUUUGACACCAAAGAAGAAUGUUCUGCGACGUGCAAAAAAAUAUAAAAAGUAAUACGUAUAACAUAAUAAUAAUUAUUAAUAAAGGUAUGCGAUUUUUAACAGUAUUAAAAGUAUUAGUACUUCGCCCUCGGCCUCAUGUUUAUAACCUGUUUACAGUUCCUUGCUAGAAAUAGUCUAUUCAGACCGUGUGCACCUUUUGUCAUCCCUGUGUUUACGGAAGAUUCUGAAAGGUUUUAAGUGAAGUAUAAAGGGCUUUACAACUAUUACAUAGCGCUUUAAGGUGCGAAGUGUAUCACAUGAUCCGUUACGAAACGUUACUGAGUAGGGAUGUUUGUUAAGAUUUACACUUGUAACAUUUUCAAAAUAAUUAAUUUAUAUUUAUAUAGUAGUUUGGUCUACCAUUUCUAUUUUGUUAAUUAAUAAAAGAUUAUCCAUCUAGUAUAUAUUACCAAACCACACAAACAUAUAUACAAACAGAAAAUUCACUAAUAUUUGCCAAAGUACGUCAUAAUAAUCGGGAAAUCGGGCCUAAGUUAAGUCAGCAAACGUUUCGCUAAUGUUUGCGAACUAUUUGAUUGGUUCCCGAUAUGGCCAUUUGGUUUAACUUGAAGCGCAUAAACUAGUCUGACGGCCGUUUUUCUGCUCGGUCUGACUGAAUGCAGCCCGUGUAGGAGGGUAUUGACUGAAUCACUUUUAACGACAUAUAUAAACACACAUUUUAUUUUUGCCAAAAAAUAUACAUUUUGUUUUUUCAUACAUACAUAUUUAUAUAUAAAAUAAUAUAAUGUGCACACUGCGAGGGAUGGUAUGUAGC